UGACUCAUUGAUGUCGUGUUGUUGCGAAAUACUCAGUCAUUCGUGUUGAGUUAUGGCUGCCAAAAUUACGUAUCAAAGGACAUACGGGCCGUAUGUCAAAUUCCUGAGAUGUUUUGAAUGGGUGUGGACCUUAACAGGUCAGAACCGUCAGAACCGGGAGCAAGUGGAUCCUGGUGGUGAACUGCAGAUUAUGCUGCCUUCUCAGCCUGAGAGGGUCAAUUCUGGGGAAGUGUGUCUGCUGGCUGAGAGCCCGUUCCGAAUCUUAAGGGCAGCAGAAAGCGGCAAUGUAGAAGAUUUUAUGCGGCUAUACCUCAGUGAGCCAUCGAGGCUGACUGUCAGGGACGGAAGGGGUCGUACUGCCGCUCAUCAGGCCGCUACCAGGAACAACACCAAUAUACUGCACUUUAUCAACAACUAUGGAGGAGAUUUGAACGCUAAAGACAAUUUUGGCAACACUCCCCUUCACGUGGCCGUCGAAAGUGAGGCGUUGGAUGCAUUGGAGUUUUUGCUGCAACAUCGCGUCGAUACCAGCAUUUUGAACGACAAAUCUCAAGGGGCUCUUCAUCUCGCGACCGAACUGAACAGGGUCUCCGUACUCCAAGUCUUCACCAGAUACAAGGACCAAUUCAACUUCGAUUUAGGAGGAGAGCACGGUCGCACUGCGCUCCACUUCGCCGCCAUACAUGACCAUGACAUCUGCGCGAAAAUUUUGAUCACAGACUUAGGCGCUGGCUGCAAGAUAGCUUGCAACAACGGUUACUACCCGAUUCAUGAAGCGGCAAAAAACGCUUCGUCAAGAACUAUGGAAGUCUUCCUGCAGUGGGGGGAAUCGAAGGGCUGUACCAGGGAGUCAAUGAUAUCUCUGUAUGACAACGAGGGGAACGUGCCUCUGCAUUCAGCCGUCCAUGGUGGUGAUAUCAAGGCAGUGGAGCUCUGCCUCAAGUCUGGUGCGAAGAUUUCCACGCAGCAACAUGAUUUAUCGACGCCAGUCCAUCUGGCCUGCGCACAGGGUGCCCUCGAAAUUGUGAAGCUGAUGUUCAUGAUGCAACCAACUGAGAAGCUCGCUUGUCUGACCUCCUGCGACGUGCAGAGGAUGACCCCGAUCCACUGCGCCGCCAUGUUUGACCACCCUGACAUCGUGAACUACCUCAUCUCCGAGGGAUCCGAUAUCAAUCCGUUAGAUAAGGAGCGCAGGUCGCCAUUGCUGUUGGCUGCUUCGAGAGCUGGAUGGAGGACGGUGCACACUUUGAUACGUCUGAGUGCCGACAUCGAACUAAAAGACAUCAACUCCAGAAAUGUUCUCCACUUAGUCGUGAUGAAUGGCGGGAGACUGGAGGAGUUCGCGGCCACAUGCAAGCUUACAUUCCAGGAUCGCUGUGACAAAAGCUUGGCACAGCUCCUGAAUGAGAAGGAUCAUACCGGCUGCUCGCCCCUCCACUACGCCAGCCGUGAAGGUCACAUUCGGUCACUGGAAAACCUCAUCAGACUUGGCGCUUGCAUCAACUUGAAAAACAACAAUAAUGAGAGCCCGUUGCACUUUGCUGCCAGAUACGGCCGCUACCACACCGCUUGCCAGCUGCUAGACUCAGACAAAGGGACUUUCAUUAUCAACGAGAGCGACGGUGAAGGGUUGACCCCUCUCCACAUCGCAUCUCGCGAGGGGCACACGCGAGUGGUCCAGUUGCUCCUUAAUCGCGGGGCUUUGUUGCACCGGGACCACAAUGGCCGCAACCCUUUGCACCUGGCGGCUAUGUCUGGCUACACGCAGACCAUCGAGCUCCUCCAUUCAGUUCACUCCCAUCUGUUGGACCAGACAGACAAAGAUGAGAAUACACCACUACACCUGGCCACAAUGGAGAACAAGCCAAACUCCAUUGCUCUGCUGCUGUCCAUGGGGUGCCGGCUGAGCUAUAACAGUCUGAACAUGAGUGCGAUUGACUACGCCAUUUACUACAAGUUCCCUGAAGCUGCAUUGGCUAUGGUCACUCAUGAACAUCGUGCAAAGGAGGUGAUGGCUCUCCGCUCUGACCGCCACCCCUGCGUGACCUUGGCGCUCAUCGCCUACAUGCCCCGAGUAUUCGAAGCCGUCCAAGACAAGUGUAUCACCAAGGCAGACUGCAAAAAGGACUCCAAGAGCUUUUAUAUAAAGUACAGUUUCGACGCGCUUUGCCCACAACUUAAGAUCGAAGACGGCAAUAACGCACGACGAACGACGAAAUCGGACAAUGUGCCAAAAUCACAAAAGACCCCUUUACCUGCCCUUAAUGCUAUGGUGGCUCACGGCAGAGUUGAACUUCUCGCCCACCCUUUAAGUCAAAAAUAUUUGCAGAUGAAAUGGCACAGCUACGGGAAGUACUUCCACUUAGCCAAUCUCCUUUUCUACUGCAUUUUCUUGAUAUUUGUAACAGUUUACACUUACUUACUGAUGAUGAACGCCGAAGCUACUCCUACCUCCAAAAGAUCAGACAAAUGCAACGUUACGGAUCCCGAACAUGAAAACAAAACUGAUCGGAAUAUUUCGUUUGAACCUGAUUUCGAGUCAAAAGUCGCCAUGUAUACAAGCACAGUCGCGAUUCUCGUGUACAACGGUUUGUGUUUAAUUCGCGAAGCUUAUAACGUGAAGCAACAGAAAUGGCACUACAUGGUCGACCCAUCCAACUUGGUCUCCUGGUGGCUGUACAUCAGUUCGUCUAUGAUGGUCUUUCCAACACUGUUCGGAUGUUUCGAAGAGAUACAGUUCUCGGCAGCAUCAAUAACAGUAUUUCUGUCAUGGUUCGAGCUGCUCCUCUUACUGCAACGUUUCGACCAAGUUGGGAUUUACGUAGUCAUGUUCCUGGAGAUACUACAGACCCUGAUUAAAGUCUUAAUGGUGUUUUCAAUCCUGAUCAUCGCAUUCGGGCUGGCAUUCUAUAUCCUCCUGUCUAAAGUGGGUCCUGACGAGACGGGACACCACUUGUCUUUCAAUAGCAUCCCGAUGUCGUUGAUGAGGACUUUUGCGAUGAUGCUCGGGGAAAUCGAUUUCGUUGGCACUUACGUUCAGCCGUACUACAAGUCUGAGACGGAUAUACUGUUGCCUUUCCCGAUGCCAACGUUUUUCAUACUGGGACUGUUCAUGGUACUGAUGCCGAUAUUACUGAUGAACCUGCUUAUCGGUUUGGCUGUAGGAGAUAUUGAAAGUGUUAGGAGGAACGCCCAGCUUAAGAGAUUGGCUAUGCAGGUCGUCCUACACACGGAACUCGAACGCAAGCUGCCAACGAUUCUGUUGGAGAAAGUGGACAAAGACGAGCUGAUCGAAUACCCGAAUAACAAGAAGUGCAAGCUUGGCUUCCUCGACCUGAUACUACGCAAGUGGUUCUGCAACCCUUUCACCGAUGACAGUGGUCUGGACUUGGUGCUGGAGAGCAGCGAGGACUACAUCACCGCGCAGCUGGACAAACAGAAACGCAAACUGAGGACCAUGUCACAACUGUUGGAGCAACAGCAUACUCUCCUACGCCUUGUUGUGCAGAAAAUGGAGAUAAAAACCGAAGCCGACGAUGUGGACGAAGGCGUUUCCCCGGGGGACACUCGUGUCAUCCCCCGCUGGAGUUCCCCCAGGAUUCGAAAGAAGCUGAGAACAGCAUCCUCUUUCAACAAAGGUGGCUAAACCACAAAGAAAAUCGGUAACCAACACACUCUCUACAUAUAAACACUUUAAACUAACGGACGAGUUUCAAACAUUAGUGUAGAACUAUAAUUAUUUUUAAUCUAUUUAUUUAUGGACACAUAACACAAAUAGUAAUACAUAUUUUUAUAAUACAAUAGGUAUAAAAUUUAUUAAAUAUCAUUUAAUAAUGUAUAUUCCUUGCAAAUUGCUAACAGCAAAAAACAUGUGAUAAAAUAAAGUCAUUUAUUUUGUCAGUCCGAUAGGUCGUCACAUUAGCACGCAUUUUUUGGAGCUUGUUGUAGUCACCGUUUCUUAUUUGACUUUGCUGAGAACAAAUGACGCAAAAAUCUGGAAAUUGACGUUAUUCUGUCGUAAAAUCGGCUUCGCAUAAAAAUCUAUUGUCAUUUAACUUUUUCUAAAUAGCGGUCGGUUCUUGAUCAAUUUGAAGGGAAUAUACUGCUGAUUAUUGAAUAUUUACAAUGUAGGUACGUUUCAAAACUCUGGUGACGGCAUUUCGUUUUUAUUUGUUUUUCUUUUUAAGAAUAAAUCAAUUUUUGUUCUGAUAGACACAAAUAAAAUGAAUUAGCAUGUCGAAUUUAUUGUUGUAGUUAAACAAAAUAUAACUUAUUUAGAAAAUAAAUGUCAGUAGCUAUUAAAAUAUACCAUAAUCGAUAUAAUUUAAAAUUAAAUGUAUUUUAAUGAAUAACGAAUAUUUAAGUUACUACGUCAUCAAUUAAUAGUAUCUAUCAAAUGUAUUUAUUUUAGGUAAAAAUAGUUUAAUUUUGGUGUUAAAUUUACAAUUUAGUUAUACCCGAGACAUUCCGUAGAGUACGCACGAUAAAAAAAUAUCAUACCUAAUAUAAAAUAAAAUAAAAAUUGAAAAUAACUUUAAUGGAAUACAUAACAUCAUGCUUAAUAUAAAAAUUGAAAAUAACCUUUAUGAAAUACAUAUAAAAGACCAUAAUUGUAGUUAAAAUUCGAUUUAGAGAAAAAAUAAAACAGAAAAUAAUUCACACCGCUGCCGCUGACAAAAAUGAUUUUUAUUUCUUGUGUGAAUAUGAUUUUUAUCAGCGAUAAUCGCCAGUAAAAAUGAAUUUCAUUUUUGGAAUGUCUGUAGUUAAGUUCAUGUAAGUGUAAUCGUGUCAUCAAUGUUUAGAUAUAUUAGAUUAUUUGCUCUAUAUGUGUUCUAUCGUGCAGACAUUUUAGUGAAACAACACUUAUACUCACACACACAUAACCAGGUCGAAACGGGCUAUUCCCUUUUUAUUUUGUAAUUAAUCAUUCAUGUGCAUAUUUACAAGGAAGCACCCAUACAACGUGUAACAAAAAAACGUCUUCCUAUAAAAAAAUCACAUCAUCUUUUUAUCUACUAUCCGAAUAGACUAAUAUUUUAGUAUUUUUUUCAUUUUUUAUUUAAAAUUUGUCUGGAAAUUUCUGUUACACGUUGUACAUCUCAAAAUAUUUGUAUUUUUUAUAAACAAAAUAACAAGCUGUUAUAUCAAAUCACAUAGCAUAGAUAAGAUUGAUUCAUUUUUAAUGAGUAAAUCAUAUUAUAGUAGCAACAUAGUAGUUUUUAUAAGAUGCGAAUCAAUCUAGUCUUAAAUACCAAAUACUAACGCUGUUAUCAUGAUAAAUAAUUGUAUUAAUAUAUUAUGUAUUUAACUCAUUCAACGACCAACAUACUAUGAGGCUAAAACAUAGUAUUUAUCAUAUAGUUAUAUUCUUAGUGACGAACGAAUAUUGAAACAGGAACUGUAAUAUUUGUAAUUUACAAAAUGGCCGACUCAACUUAGCACAUUCGCAAAAUUUUGCUUGAAUACACACGUUGACUAUUAUUUUAUUUUAAUUACAUUUUGCAAUUCAUUACUGCGUGCAUUGUUAUUUCUUGAUUCAAUUCAAUAAAUGUUAUUAUGUACAGCUUAAUACAGUAAAUUUAAACGAAAAUAAUAGGCAACGUGCUUUAACUUUCUAUGUCAAAAUGUUUAAAAUCGAAUUUCGUUUAUGUGUAACUAAAAAAACUCGAAAUAAUAGAACGCAACUUAAUUUUAAGACGCCUCUCAAUAUCUUCGUAUCCAUUUUUCUACUUUAAAGUGAAAAAAACACUAUAAGAGUUAAUUACGUCAAUCUAUCGAUACUUUAAGUGCGAAAAGCAGAUGACAAUCUUAAAAUUUAGUUGUGCUACAGCCACUUAAAAACAUUUUAAACUCUGAUUGUAUACUACAACUGAUUUUGUAAUUUACGUUUUGAUUUUGUAUUGUACGUUUUAAGCACUUGCACCAAACUAACGAAAUAUUUAGUAAAUCAUGCUUUAUAUAUAUAAGUCAAAGCUUUACAUGAGAGCUAAGCUCUCUAUAAUAUACAUAAUAUUAUAUAAUGUACGAAGAUAAAAGAUAAAUUGUAAGACCAUACAUUAUUUUAUCUUUUUAUGAAUUAUUUUUAUUGAUAUACAUUUACUAAUACGGUUUGUACGUAAUUUUUAUAAGGACGGAUAGUGGUGAUGCUGUUCUAGUAGCAUUUCGUACUUCAUUUUCAAUUUUACAAUUACAUUUUUGUCUACAUCAACAAUUUUCACAAAUCACCUUAAUGUUUACAGAAACGAGUCAAGAAAUCUACAACCAUUUGAAUUACAGCUGUAAUAUAACAAAAAAAAAUCCGUAAUUUCUACCAAAACAACUGCUUCACACAAAAAAUAAUACAGUAAUAUGCUAAAAUUGCUUCAGUUAAGUUGUCUUUACAAUUUACUUAAUACCAUUGAAAUAUUCUCGAUACGAAAGCUACUAGGACCGCAGCACCAACAAAGAAGUGUAUUUUUGGAUCGACGUGUUUUAUAACAUGGUAGACUUUUGGAUGAUGCGACACUGACUAGUCGCAUCAUACAAUGUUGAUAAGAGCUUGGAUAGUGCUAACGCAAGUAGGUUAAGUCAUGAGGCCAGUCCCAUGAGACUGUGGCGUCGAAGGUACCGGCUAAGCAAAGAAACACACAAAAAUCUGUUAAAAUAAAUCCUUUUUGUUAUUAAAAAUCAAUGUACAUCAUGUUUUUUGUUUGUAAUUUAGAUACAAUCUGCCAUCCAGGCCAUGGUCUCAACAUGUAACAACAUAUUUGAUGUUAUUUUUUAAAUAAAGUCUUUUUGAAGUAGGA